CUAAACUCAGAUGUACUGAAUCAUUUCUCCAUCCACCCCGGGUGUCUCUCUCUCCCAGUUUCGAUGAGACUGAUUCAUUUCUCAGUUCUGAAUUCACACAGCAUAGACUAGAUUGCUAUUCAAAGCUAAGAAUUAGGCAAUGCGAGUCUAUUUGGAGAUUGUUCGACUCCAAGUCUUGCACUAGUCUGAAGCUGAUCAUCGAGCCGUAAAUUGCAGUACAACUGGUUUUGGAUCUGGGAUUAUUCAGUUUUUAAUGGGUGAAGAGACUUCUGAUACUAUGAACCUUGAUUUGAAUUUGGGCCCUGGUCCUGAGGUAGGGUCAGGAUCUGUACCAAGCGAAGAUGUGAAUUUGGAUGAGUGGAUUGAUGACCCUUUUCGGAGACUUAGGGAGUCUGUUAGAAUUAGUAGGGUUCGACAGCGCUGGAGACGGCGUCAAGCUCAAAUUCCUGAAACACAUCCCCUUUCUGUGCAAUUGAGCCAAUUGAUAGAAAAUUCUGACAGUGAGAGCAAUUUACAAGCUGGUGAGGGUAGUGUUGCCGCUGAAGAAAGAACAGAUGAGGCCCCCAAAAUGUGUGAAAAUAACAAUGGAUUUCUAGAAGAUGAAGUGUCAGAGAAAAAUGGUGGUGAUGAGAAUAGAAGUAAGAACGAUGGGAGUUUCUUUGAUUGUAAUAUUUGUCUGGACUUGGCUACAGAUCCAGUUGUUACUUGCUGUGGUCAUUUGUUCUGUUGGUCAUGCCUGUACAGAUGGUUACAUGCACAUUCAGAUGCAAACGAAUGCCCAGUUUGCAAGGGAGAGGUAACGGUUAAGAAUGUGACCCCCAUCUAUGGCCGUGGGAAUAAUACCCGCCAGCCAGAUGAGGAUUCAAGUCUUGAAGUCCCAGUUAGGCCAUGUGCUAGGCGGGUUGAGAGUUGGAGGCAAUCUAUGCAGAGGAAUUCUUUCAGUUUCCCGAUGGAGGAAAUGAUUCGACGUCUUGGAAGCAGAUUUGAUUUGACUAGGGAUUUGAAUCCAGUGCAGGAUUCAAAUGGCAUUCGUGAAAUUGGAGAUAGGGCAUCCUUUCUGAGCAGGAUUAUGACACUUAGAGGAAUGCGCACCGAGCAAAGUCCAGUUGCACCUAUUGAUAACAUAGUGGAUUUAACACAGAGUGGCACAAGUAGCUCUGAUGCGAGGUCAGCACGCCGGCUUCAUUCGCUGUUACUUCGAAGAUCUCAAUCACACUCUCAAAGAUUGUCAACGGACACUUCAAAUUCUGCUGCUUUGAAUUCUACUGAAAGGUUAAUUGAGGCAUAUUUUCGUAACCAUUCUUUAGGAAGGAAUCAGGAUCAGCCCCAACCUGUUGAUGAUAGAGAUUCAUUCUCAAGCAUUACAGCAGUUAUAAACUCAGAAUCUCAAAUUGACACUGCAGUUGAAAUUGAUUCGAUGGGCUCCCUUUUAAAUUCUUCCAGAAGAAGAAAUGACACUGCAAGAGUCUCAGAUGUGGACUCUGGUGACUCUCGUGCUCCUAGAAGGAGACGAUUCAACUAAGAAGAGUUCGCCUAGUUACUAUUAUAUCUUGGAAGUUGCUCAAGGAAAAAUUAGGAAAUAACAAUAUUAAACAUAUUGAAGGUCUAGGUGUUUACUAUGUCAGACAUCUAGGAGUUAUCAGGGCAUGUCCAUUGCUUCUGCUGAUUGGUUGUGAGGUAGGUUUUGUGAUCCUCUUAUUUUAAGUUGAUAUUUUUUCCCCUUUCUUUUGGUUAUUGUGUUAGAAAUUGAACUUUUCUUUUUCUUCAGCGUUUUGUUUUAUUGUCUUAAUUCUCUUUGUUUAGGUGAUUUGAAAGUUAGACUGCAGUUUUCAAAAUUUUUUAAUCAAUUUUUUUAUAUAUUUCUGCAUUGAUUUUUAGAAAAGAAUUACACAUGAUGCAAUGGAUGAACCCAGUUUGUUUUGGAUCAAAUUUUCUCCAGCGUCAUCUUUAUUUUAUAUCUCGAGUCUGCUAGCAGUGAGCUUUGUGUUCUGUAAAAGACACCUCAAGUGUAAACUAGAGACUCGAUUGCUUAUUGCUGAAUGGUCACUUUGUUUUACCACUAAAUUCACUGUUGAAGUAUGUUUUAUCUUGUUGGUAGAUUGGAGAAAUUGAACUUACACAUCUCAUUAUUAGCAUACAUCUUUUCCUUUUUGUCA